AUGCCCAAAUCUACCGGCCCUAGUCCACAGGAGCUUCGAAAGAUCGAAAAAGAUAGAAGAAGGAAACAGUACGAGGACAUCCAAGUCCAAGGAACGAACAACUCGUCCAUCGUCUCCAAACGGUCUGUGGAAAUGAUAUACCAAUCGGUUUGUCCACCUGGCGAAUGGUUCAAGCAUUUCGUGCCAAAAGGAAAAAGAAGAUCUCCAGCUAUUAACAGAGGUUAUUGGAUCCGAAUGGAAAGCAUUCGUCUGAUGAUCAUCAGAAUCAUGGAAUCAGAGCCUCAAAAACCCGUGAAUGUGAUUAAUUUAGGUUGUGGAUACGAUCCUCUUCCAUUCCAGAUGCUCAGCAUGGGGCACAAUAUGACCUUCUACGAUAUCGACUAUCCCGACUUGGUGAAAAACAAGCACGACAUGAUUCUCAAGCUGAAAGAGAUCCAGGACUUGGUAGGACCAGAUGCCGGAGGGUUGGGGUUAAUGAAUUGUGACAAGUACAAGUUGAUUGGAUGCGAUUUGAAGAAUCACGAAGUGUACAAGGACCAGAUGAAAAAGUUGAAACCCGGGGUGAACAUCUUCAUAGCCGAAGUAUCUUUGGCAUAUAUGCAUUUCACGGACGCUAAUAAGAUUAUUGGCUAUUCGAGCGAGGUGCCCAAUAGUCACUUUUUGAUAUUGGAACAGAUUCUUCCUGCUGGCACCAAAGAAGCGUUUGCAACGAAAAUGUUAAACCACUUCAGCAAGCUCAGAAGUUCAUUGAAAUGUGUAGAAGAGUACCCCCUCAUAGAGCACCAAAUUUCCCGGUUCCAACAGUACUACAAACAUGUAGAGGUCAAAAACUUGUUUGAAAAUUGGAACGAUUUGAUAGAUGAAACCACCAAGCAGAAGGUCGAUGAGGUAGAAAGUUUUGACGAGUGGGAGGAGUUUAUACUUUUCUGCCAGCACUAUGUUGUCUUGCAUGCCACCAAUGACUCGCUUGUCUACAAGCAACCCAAUGUUUCAUUACAAUCAAGACCUGUUGUCGAAUUGAACAUCAAGCCAGAUACAAAGUCUUUGGAUUUAAAGUACCCAGCUAGUUGCGUUGUGGGAGGAUCCAUAUAUGUCAAUGGAGGCCUUGGACAAACAAGAUCCAUCAAGACAUAUAAGGAUUCUGAGGAGUUGGAGACUUUAGAUCCUCCUUCGGGAAGAAUGUGCCAUACUUUCACAGACGGGAUUCUAGUUGGAGGAAGAACCCAACCCGGACUGUUUUUAAAGGAUGUGUACAGAUUUAAUGCCAAAGAGGCCAAGUGGUCCCGACUCGAAGAUUUGCCCGUAGGGGUUUCAAGGCACUCUGCAGUUUCUGUGGAUACUGAAAGAAUAUUGAUUAUAGGUGGCCAGUCACAAAAAGGGUCCAUGAUUUUGUACAACCACAAAACACAAACAUCCAAAUUAUUGCAGUGUUCUUCAGAGAUAGACUUUAGUACGAUCGCCAGUUUCGGGUGUGACUUUGACGUCGACCAACAGGUGGGAUAUAUUAUUGGUGGUCAAACCAACAAACAACUGCCUAGGUUCAGUAAUAAGUUGUUCAAGUUUUGGUUAGAAAAUGACGAGUUCAAGCAUAAAAUGGUUAUGGAGGACGCUGAAUUUGAGCGGAUGGACUGUAAAUUGGUCAAGUAUAACGAAACUUUGGUGGUUGUGGGUGGUAUAAAUUACAACCAGAUUUUGGGACAGGAUAACAUAAUAGUAAAGGUAUCUGUUUGCGGCAAAAAAGUGGUUUAUGGUAGAAUUCCAGACAGGGUAUGGAAAAACCACUCCCCCCUUAUGAUAGGUCACAAUGUCGUGAUUCAUGAUAAUCAGAUCAAGGUCUUGAACGGAGGUGUGGUGUGUUAUUCGUUUGGGAGCGUGUAUAAUCCAAGCUACAGCAUUGAUUGGUAGAGAAAUAUAUGAAAUAGUUUAAGAAGAAGUAGACAGAAAGAUGUUCUGGGGAUCAUUUAUAACCCAGUGAAUGAAGUACUCGAGUGAGUAGAGUUGGAACUUAACAGUAGACUUGGGUGCAAAAAGAGCAAAAAGUCGUGCAUGACCUACGUCUGUCUGAGUCUAUCCCCCACCGCUAAAAUUACCUUGACGGUUCCGAUUGCCAGACACGCGUUUUGGAUUGCUACUUCUAGCAUAAGCUACUUGAGCAACACCGAAACAAUGGCCGUGGGCCUUAAUUGAAUAGAUGUAGUGUGUGUCUGCAUUAUGUUGAUGAAAAAUAUUGUAGUUAAGCAGUUCGGACGCGUCUUGUCUGCGCCAUAACGCCUCAACAUAUUAGCCGAGGGGUGGGGAUCAAUAGAUAAGCCUCUGAGUAAAAAAUGGAGCUCCUUUUCGCAAUCCCUUAACCGGGACUGGAGACAUUAUACUUUCCUUGCCCCAGUUUGUGCUGCGAAAUGCACCUCUCUUAUUCAACAAUACCAUCGACGACAUCAAUGGUGCAUACUUCAGGUAACCCCCCACAUGCCACUGCAAAACCGGGUAAGUGACGCCAUACCGGUUGGUGUCGAUUGUCGGCACCACUUUCAAAACAACAAGCCCCCUAAUUCGUGACGCCGGCGAUUCCGUCCAAGUGGACUGAUUUAAAUUAC